CUCGCCAGACAUCGAGCAUGCAUGUAUCCAACCGAUUACUGAGUAGAUAGUUGCUGAGAGUCCAAACACGCCACCAUGGAGGCCGUCAAAGCCUUCAACAACGAGCUGUACUCGUUGAAUGAGUACAAGCCACCCAUCUCGAAGGCCAAGAUGACCCAAAUCACCAAGUCAGGCAUUAAGGCUAUUAAACAGCUCUCCCAGCUCCCCCAAAAGCACUGGAGGAUGGGGUGGAGAGAGUUACAAAGAGAUAAGAGAAUCCCUAACCAGCUUAGUUUUACAAGCAUGUUGUCCAGAGUGUGGAGAAGUUCAUACAAAAGUGCAAACCAGAAUACAAGGUUCCGGGGUUGUAUGUCAUUGACUCAAUUGUGCGGCAGUCACGCCACCAGUUUGGCAUGGAAAAGGAUGUUUUUGCCCCACGCUUCAGCAAGAAUAUCAUUCCGACGUUCCAGCACCUCUACCGUUGUCCCUCAGAUGACAAGAGUAAGAUAGUGCGGGUCCUGAACCUGUGGCAAAAGAAUGCUGUUUUCAAAAGUGACAUCAUACAGCCGUUGUUGGAUAUGGCUGCAGGGAUUCCUCCUCCAAGCGUUACUCCCGUCAUGUCGAGCAGUGCUGCCCCAGUGAACAACACCACACCUGGCACUCCAGCCACCCCGGCCACCCCUGCCAAUAUUGUUCAGGGACUUCCGGACUGGGCUUCCCAGAUUACCAACACAGACACUGUGGCAGCUGUGGCACAAAUCUUACAAAGUCCUCAGGGGCAGCAGCUUCAACAGCUCGUACAGAGCCUGCAAAUGCAGCAACAAAAGCCUCAGCCUUCCUUGCUCCAGGCUUUGGAUGCUGGUCUGGUUGUACAGCUGCAAGCUCUCACCGCUCAACUCACUGCAGCUGCUACUGCCAACAGCCUCAACCCCCUUGAACAGAGAGUCUCCUCGUUUAACAAGAAGCUCUUGGGGCAGUUUGACUUUGGGAAUGAGUCUGACCGUGGUGAGGAAUCUAAGAAGGAAACAACAUCCUCUCAAAUGCCCAUGGUGUCUGAACCCAUCAACAACUCGUUGUUCCACCAGCUUGCUGAGCAGCUACAGCAACAGAACUUGGAGCAGUUUCAGAAGCAACUGCUGGAGCAUCAGCAAAAGUCUAUGAGCAUAGAUGGACAAGACACACUAUUUGGACAAGACAACUCUGUUGCUCAGGCUACCAGUCAACCGCAACUUCCUGAACCAGAAAAUAAGAUGGAUGACUCCAUAGACAACCAGCAACAGGACAUGGAUCUUGAUGAGGGCCCUGAUGGAAUGGAGGAGGAUAACUUUGAAACAGAGGACAAAAAGGCAGUAACAGCUCGCUCCAGAACACGCUCAAGGUCACGUUCUCGGUCUCCCAAAAGAAGAAGGUCCAGGUCCCGCUCUGGCUCUCGGAAGCGUAAGCACCGUAAGCGGUCGCGGUCACGCUCCAGAGAUCGUAAGAGGAAGACAACACGUUCAUACUCAAGUGAAAGACGUGCCAGAGAACGGGAAAAAGAGCGACAGAAGAAAGGACUGCCCCCUAUACGAUCCAAGACUUUAAGUGUGUGCAGCACGACUCUUUGGGUUGGCCAAGUGGACAAAAAAGCUUCUCAACAAGACCUCACAAACCUCUUUGAAGAGUUUGGCCAAAUAGAGUCAAUAAAUAUGAUCCCACCAAGAGGCUGUGCCUACAUCUGUAUGGUCCACAGACAGGAUGCCUAUCGGGCACGUCAGAAGCUCAGCACAAGUUCCUGCAAGAUCGGCUCCAAGAUCAUCAAGAUUGCUUGGGCCUUAAACAAAGGAGUGAGACAAGAGUACAAGCAGUUUUGGGAUGUGGACCUUGGAGUCACCUACAUACCUUGGGAGAAAGUUAAGGUGGAUGACUUGGAUGACUUUGCCGAAGGAGGAAUCAUUGAUCAAGAGACUGUCAAUGAAGAGUGGGACACAGCUAAGAAUUUGGAAGCAAGCAAAGAUGUUUUAAGCCAACCACUAACCAGUGAGACAACAGCACCAACAAAGAGUGAAAGCUACAACCAGCCAGUCACCAUGAUGCCGGUUCAGCUACCGGUGGCCCAGGCUGUUCCUGGUGCAGUAGGCUUGGUGCCUCCUAAUUUCCCUGUCAAUAUGAGCAUUCCCCCACCAGGGUAUGGGCCGCCACCACCAUUCCUAAGGCCCGCCUUCAAUGCCUCACAACCCCCUCCAGGUUUUAUGCAGGCAGCACAGACUGCAGCCAUGGCCGCAGCACCAACUUCUCUUGUGCCGCCACCAGUAGCAACCAACCAGGACACAGUCAAGGAAUCACCAUUCAGCUCUAUGAUCCCAACAACCAGCGCUAUGCCUGGUGGCUUCAUGUCGUCCGCUAUCCCUGGAGCCAGUGUGUUUAAUGCGGUGGGAGUUCAAAGUCAGCAGCACUCGAGUGACAAAAUGCCACCUUCCGCCAAAGGUUUGGACGGAACAGCGGAGCUCACGCUUCAAGGUAUGCAUAAUGCAGUUCGCAGUGGAAUGGGUCUCCUUGGCGUUCACCCUUCAGCCCCCCUUGCCCACCCACUUCACCAGCCUGGAAUGGCGGGACAAAGAAUGCCUGCAAUGCUGCCGCUUGACGUGCGUCCUAACCUCAUUCAGCCCGGGGCCACUGCUCGCUUCCCUCUCCUCCUGUCGCAGGGACCUGGCCAGCAGGCUGGUAGCCACCUCGAUGGUUCCCUUCAGGCUCAAGCCCAUGUCAGGCCUCCAUUCUCCCAACUUGACCCCUUUCACAGACCCCCUCCCCAGACAAAUGAUAAUGUCUCCAAGACCGAGGAACCUUCUUCGGGGGCUGAUGAGGGCAAAGACCAGGACUAUCGCUUCCCCCCAGUGGAGAAGCAGAGUACAGGUCUGCUGAGAACACCUCCGCCAGAGCAUCGGGCGCCCCAUGGUGGUGCUGGUGGUGCUGGGGGAGGCAGCAGCAGGCCCCCUUUGCUGCAAACACCAGGGACUCAACCAGCCAGAGGCAGUCUGCUUGGACGUCUGCAAGCUCUUGCCGGUUUUACCCCCGAUAAUCAGUGGAACCAGUCAAGGGGGGAUUUUGAUGAACGAGACGGCAUGGAUCGCCCCAACCCGGGGCAGAACUUCCAUAAUCGCUUUGACAACCGUCCCGGAAACGUAGCUUCCAAAAAUGUUGGCGGGCCGCAACAGUGGAACCGCAGCGGUGGCGGGGCAGCCACUUUUGAAAGUGACCUAGAUGAACGAAGAUCCCAAUGGGACAGGCAAAGAGACAGAGACGAGAGAGAGUUUGACUUCCGGAGGGAAAUGAACGGGAACCGUCACAAUCGGGAGCGGGAUAGAGACAGGGAGCGAGGGCGAGACCGUCCUCGUGAGAACGACAAAGACCGCGAUAACGACCGAGAGCGGGAACGUGGCAACUGGACACCUGUUCUCCCCCUACCAACUCCUCUUCUUCCGACGCCAUCGCUCAACCCCAAUCUGAAUCAAGGCAAGCUGCUUACCCCGCUCAAAUUGAACACGCUCGUUCAGUCACGAUUCCAGUCCCCCCUGUUGUCUCAAGCUCAGGCCAAAGCGCCUUUGUUAGGUCAGCAUCAACCUCCGCCUCCUGUCCACUCUCCAGAGGCCAGAAAGUCCAGCCAAGCGGCUGAGGUGGGUCCGCGUGGAAACAUAGGCCCUUUGCUCGAGACCCCUCAAUCCCAAUCCCUGACCUCAACCCAGCCCGAUAACAAGGCACAGACCCCAUUGCCCAGCUCCCAAGUUGAAACCCGGUCAUCACCCCAGCCAGAGACCACUCUACUCCCUGAAUCGCUAGCGCAAGCCUCGGGCCCGGCCUUUCCCCAGACGACCAAGUCCUCAGACACUCCGAGCCAGGCGUCUCCUGUCGGCUUCACGCAAGCUGUCAGCCCCCCUGAAGAGAUGACCUACUCUCUAAGGGCACAGCUCCGCCCACAGGAGGAAACUGAGGAGGUUGUAAAAGAGAAAGCCCCCUCCCCCAAACCCCAGUGGCUCAAUGGAGCAGAGAUGGACAAAGAAACGGCAGUCGGGCCCACGCCGGAUGCCUCUCCCGAGCCCACUGAGUCUGCACUUCCCGAAAGCAAAGCCGAGCAGGAGCAGGCUGCGCCUCCUCAGGGCGUAGACAUUGUACAGAGUGAGCCCGUGGAGCAAGCUGCGAGUGAGCCAGUGCUAGUCACUGACACAGACACUGAGGGGACAUAAUCAUCACUCAGUAGGUAACAGAUCAUUUUGUACAGUUGUCUCUUCUUCUCUGUACUCAUGUCAGCAAAGCAUCACCACCACACGGGGCACGGCAAAUAACGAGUCACAAAAUAACAUGUACUUAAAUAGAGAGCUCCUUAGUGACUGACACAGAGAACCUUAUGUUUGUAUUUUGUUUCCUCUUUAAGUUGUACUGCCACCACAUCCGAUUUUAUCAAUCGAACCUUAGAGAAUUUUAUCCGAUCGACUACCCCAAUUUUUGUCGAUGAGGUGGGAGAUGCGCUUUGACCUUCCUAUGGAAGAAAGGAUGACAUCAGGGCUGUUCAGCAAUGGAUUGUUGACUGCUCCGCAAUGGAUACAAUUGCACACUACAUUUCAAAAUUGCAGUUGCGGGCUCAUUGCGGACACCUCCUUUUAAAGCGCUGCGGCAAAGUUUUAGUGAAUGCUUUUAAGGUAUCCUGUGCUUUUUACACACACAUCUCCGUCUGACAAAACAAUCUGACAAUUCCUCUUAUUCAAAUUGGAACUAUUUGAAAUAAAACCAUGAACUUGUUGUAUCCCUAAAUCAGUGUACGAGUAUGUAAUCUGUUUCUGACCAUACAAUGAAGCUGAGCAAACGAUAACACAGCAUGGGGAGGAGCAAAGGAUAAGAAAAUGAACAGAGGGAUGUGCUGGAUGUCAGGUGCAUAUUGUUGUAGUGUGAAAUAAACAAUUGUCUCCUUAAACACAUGCUUUAGGACUGCUUUUCUGACCCAGGACCACUGGAAACACUUCUUUACACACGCACACACACACACACAGUGUGCUGUCGCUUCAGACAUUUUGAUCUAACUUGGAACUGAAAAUGCAGCUACACCAUCCAUCCACAGUGCACUUUGGUGGAUGGGAAUCACGGGACAUAGUUUUGAAUUAUGGAUGACUUCAGCCUGUUUUGUGCUUGGUGACUGCUGCAGAUGAUUGGAUUGUGCCUUUUUUGAACGGACUCUUUUCAAUGCUACUGUGCGUUACACACCAAACUGUGCGCGCGCGUGUGCGCACUAUGUGAACAGAAUUAACACACCCUUCCUGUGUGGUAGCUGGAGAGUUUGUACAGCACUUAUCCUAGAAGAGACUCUAUAUACCUGUUCUGUGCAUGCAGCCUUGUAGCCUCCUGUUGUGUUCAUUUCAUGCUUGUAGUGCUUCUCUGUUCAAGCACAUCCCUGGAGAUGCUUAGGCUACUGUUCCACAGCAGGAGAUGUGAUAUUAAAUAAAAGUUGAAGGUGCAUCAGA